AUAAUAUUUCUAUUUUUUGUUACGGAAAACGGCAUAGUCUCUAUAGCUUGGUAGUGGUAAGCGUACCUACUAAACUCGAUUACGAACAAAUGAAUUCAAUAGUGAUGGAGUCUCGUAAUGUUUGAUCGAUAAAGCAGCGACUGGGUCGCAAUACACAUCUGCCGUGACCAGAACAGUCACAAUACGUUGAAGUUAACGUACACAACAAUAUAAUAUUAUGAUGGACGCGUCUUCGACCACGUCUACGAUCACGACUACGACUGCAACGACAACCACUUCGGUUGUUACGUCGUCGUCGGCACAUCCAAACGCUUCCAUCGCCACCGGAGUAGGUUCGCAAACGGCCGCCUCAGCAUUGUCCUCGGCGACGUCAACUUGCACGGCCGCAGCCAUUGCUGACGCUUUUGACAUAUUCGAUCAUAGUGGCAACAGGACCAUUGAUGUACGCGAACUGGGCACAGUACUCCGUUACUUGGGUUAUGUACCUUCGCAAGCCGACCUGAGAGAACUUGCUGUAAACGUUGAAGAUCACGAAGCGACCGGUACCGUACAUCUGGCGGCAUUUUUACCAUAUGUCGAAAAUGCUAUCAGUGAAUACAAAUAUCAGCCGGCGUCAGCGUCUGAACUGCUUAGCGCUUUUCGGGCCUUGGACCCAGAACGGAUCGGCACCGUAAGCCGUGAGUGCAUGGAGUCGGCGCUCCGUCACGAUGGAGAACCAUUCGAAGACGAAGAACUAGAAGAAAUGAUGUCUGUCGCCACCAUCGAAACGGCUGCAGGUGGCACCGUCAUACCAUACGAGCUCUACAUCAAUAAAAUCUUGGUGACAAAAUGGGACACAGAACAGUAUGGUAGUAAUACCACGACUAUUACAACCACUAACUCAAAAAUAUCCAACAGAAAAUAAUUCAUAAUAUACCUAAUUUCUACAUAAAAAAAAAUAUUAUUAACAAGUAAUUCUUA